AGCUCUGUAGUGUUUCCUCCAACAGGUUAAUAAAAGCAAGUGGUUUCAGUUUCACCUAAUUAAUAUCGUUAGUUCAGAAAGCAGUGAAAUUCAGAUACGGGUAACCUACCCAUAUAGAUAUUCCCCAUCAACGAAUCUCGUGCACACCCCUCUUUUUCCUCAUUCGAGCCGAGGACGGAGAUAUCUAUGAAACACCCAUAAACGUGAUCUCAAUGCUUUUGAUUUUACACAUGGACGGAAAUACUUAGAAUACCCACUCCAUUGGCAUUGGUUUUCCCUCAUCAUUUCUCCCGUCACAACCACUCUCUUAUAUUUUCAUUUCGUCGAACAACAAGAGCUCAAAAUUUGUGGGUUUCAUUUUUCAUGUUAAGGACAUCCAUUGGUGUAUCCAAUUUUUGCUAACGUUGAUUUUGUUUUAAAGAAGAAACAAUGGCGAACACCACUACCAUUGCCGCGGGUCCUACAUUUUCACUGCAGCACCGUGUCAGUGAACGCCAUCAAACACUUGGCAGGGCUGGAAUCAGUACUCUACGGCAACACCAAGCACAUACUCUGUUCUUUACACCAGCAGCACCGACUCUAAGGAGGAGAUUUUCUCCAUCUAUAGGCAUAUAUCAUCGGAUUGGGCAUUCGUUCUCUGAUGGAACCUUCAAGAGGAUAAUGUGUUCCAGCACUGUUGAAGGCGCAGAUAAGCUUUCAGCCGAUCAAUCUCGAGUAUCAAGGUUAGUUAACAGGGGCUGCAAACUAAUAGGAUGUGGCUCCGCAGUACCAGCUCUAAAAGUUUCCAAUGAUGAUCUUGCAAAAAUUGUCGAUACUAAUGAUGAAUGGAUAUCUGUUCGAACAGGAAUUCGUAACCGUAGAGUUCUAUCAGGCAAAGACAAUUUAACAGAUCUGGCCGCAGAGGCUGCAAGGAAAGCUCUUGAGAUGGCAGAGGUUGAUCCUAAUGAUAUUGACCUAAUAUUGCUGUGUACUUCAACCCCAGAGGACCUUUUUGGAAGUGCUCCACAGAUCCAAAAAGCGCUUGGCUGCAAAAGCAAUCCAUUGGCUUUCGAUAUUACAGCUGCUUGUAGCGGGUUCAUGUUGGGUUUGGUAUCUGCUGCUUGCUAUAUCAGAGGUGGUGGUUUUAAGAACGUUCUUGUAAUAGGGGCUGAUGCUCUAUCUCGCUAUGUUGACUGGACAGAUAGGGGGACCUGUAUUCUCUUUGGUGAUGCUGCUGGUGCUGUAGUGAUGCAGGCCUGUGAUAUUGGAGAAGAUGGCUUAUUUGGUUUUGACUUGCAUAGUGAUGGUGAAGGUCAAAGGCACUUGAAUGCUUCAAUCAAAGAGAAAGAAACUGAUCAUGCAUUUGGUACAAAUGGAUCUAUUAUUGGUUUUCCACCAAAAGGUUCCUCUUACUCUUGCAUCCAGAUGAAUGGUAAAGAGGUCUUUAGAUUUGCUGUUCGUGUUGUGCCACAAUCAAUUGAAGCAGCUUUGGAGAACGCAGGUCUUCCUGGGUCCAAAAUUGAUUGGCUGCUUCUCCACCAGGCAAACCAAAGGAUUAUUGAUGGAGUAGCAACGCGUUUGGAGGUGCCAUCAGAACGUGUCAUAUCAAAUUUAGCAAAUUAUGGCAAUACAAGUGCUGCAUCGAUCCCUUUGGCACUUGAUGAAGCUGUUCGAAGUGGGAAAGUGCAGGCAGGCCAUGUCAUUGCUGCUGCUGGAUUUGGGGCUGGCCUUACGUGGGGUUCUGCUAUACUCAGAUGGGGGUGAAUGCUGCUACAGAGUUUGGCGCCGGCCUCACAUCUGGAUUCUGCAGAAAUUAAAUAGGGACGGAACUUCUCAACAUAUGAAUAGAGCUCAAACAUAGAUGGAAAGAAGAAAUGAUAAGGUUGCAUUUCCCUUCUGCUUUUUGUUCAGUUGUAGCUGAUUUGGAGGCUUCAAUGGCGGAAUCCCUUUUGAUCUCCCGUCAUCUCUCAAUUUUCUGAUGUAUUUAUUUUUCCUAACACCAAUAAUUAUCAACAUUUUGCUCCAUUUGAAGUUACUAUUUUUGAAGUGCAUGUUUUUGCAGAUUUUGGCUACAAUUUCUGCUUAUUCCAGGCUUUGUCUUUUCCAGUUUGUUGACAUUCAGAUUGGAUUUGAGAAGCGUA